ACUUUCUCCAGUUAGCCGACUCGUUCGUGAAUGGCAAAACUGGGUUGGGUUCUACUUCGCUUCUCACUCAACCGUGUAAAGCAACAAUGUCUCCCGAUGAGCUGGUCUACUUGGGAGUCUUGGCAGCCGCUAUCCCUGUCGGGUUCCUUUUCCGUUACCUCAGUCCUCCUGUAAAACAGGGGGCGGCGAUGCUUCUGGGCCUUUCCAUUACCAUCGCUACUUGUCAUGUGCACACACUCCACUCACUAGUGACGGUGGUUGGAACGUGGUUUAUAAUCAAGAGCAGCUGGAGACACGCCCCGAUGUUGAGUCUCUCCUGGACUUUUCUCUACCUCCUCUUUUUCCGACUAGUCACGUGGUUCGGUAUCCCGGCGCCGACACCUUUUGCCAACGCCGUCCAGCUUCUUCUCACUCUCAAGAUGGUGAGCCUAGCUAACGAGGUGCACAGCUUUCACAUGGAAAAAAAGAAGGAAAUAAGCUCCUUCGGCAGGUCUUCGGCCGUCGGGUUUCUGUCUCGGGAGCCUUCGCUUUAUGACGUCGUGUCCUACAGCUACUGUUAUGUUGGCCUAAUGACAGGCCCAUUCUUUCGCUUUCAAACCUACACCGACUGGCUGGAGCAGCCCAGACCGCUAGCCCUGCCCUCAUGGGGUCCUUGCCUGCAGAGGCUGAAGUUGGUGCCUAUUUUCGGAGCUCUAUUCCUGGCUGUAAACUCCGUCUUCCCUCUGGCGUACGUCCGCACCGAUGACUUCCUGGAACACAACUACUUCUUCAGGUUUUUCUACAUGAUAGUGGUUUUCUUCGUGUUCAGAAUGCGCUUCUACGCGGCCUGGUGCGGCGCUGAGGCCGGAUGCAUCAGUGCCGGUCUAGGCUGCUAUUCAGAACGGGCUCAGUGCAAACCAGGCAUGGGACCUACUGUCAGCUACAGCCCCGAGUCAUUAGCUGAGGAGAAGUAUGACUUUAAAACAAUCCAAAACAUCGACUGCUACAACACCGACUUCUGUGUGAAAGUGCGGCACGGCAUGCGCUACUGGAACAUGACAGUGCAAUGGUGGCUGCAUCACUACAUCUACCCUAAUGCACCCUUUAAGUCCUACACGCUCAGGGCGGGUUGGACCAUGUUCAUAAGCGCCUACUGGCACGGCCUCCACGCCGGAUACUAUCUCUCUUUCCUCACCAUCCCUCUGUGCAUCGCCGCCGAGUCAGCCAUGGAGGCGUCGGUCCGAUCCCGCCUGGGCCCACGUGGUCAAAAUGUCUUCGACUGGAUCCACUGGUUUUUGAAAAUGCGUGCCUACGACUACAUGUGCAUGGGAUUCGUGCUGCUAAAAGCGUCCGACACCAUCAGCUACUGGUCAUCCAUCUACUUCGCCAUGCAUGUGGUAGCAGUGUUUUGCAUAAUUGUGGGUAGAAUUUUAAAGGGAGGCAGGAGAAAAGAAAAGGUAGAUGAGACAAGACUCAUAAACGGAGAUAAAAAUGAUAAAAAGGAGUGAAAAUGAACUCAUGUUCGCUCAAGAUUUAAAACUUCUAAACAUACAUUUCAAUGUGCAUUGGUGACUUGAGGUAUGAGUGACUAUUUAUGAGGGGUUGUUUUGUUUUUUAGAUGCAAGCAAGAAAUCUUUUUUGUUUUAUUUUGACGGGAACAAAAAAGGAGAUGUGAAACUGAAAUAUUCUUCAAAAACGGCAUCAAGCUGAUUAAGCGUUGCACUGAUAUGUUAGUAGUAUAAGUACCGAUACUAGUCGUUAGUAUCAGAGGGUAGUAAAAAAUAACAUGCCUAUGCUACCCAAGAUGGCUGCCAGUUAAAUGAAUAUUCAUUUGUUCGCUGCUUACCGUCCCACUUCAAAUGUAUUGGAGGUGUAGUGCCAUCAAUGGCAGACAAUGAGUUAAAGGGAACCACGGAUAGAAAGACUUGUUGGUCUUAAAAGAUAAACAUGAUUUCAAAUCAUUUGAUAUUAAAAGCCCUCUUGAUGUUUUAGUUUGUAUACAAUUUGUAAAAUUAAUUUAACUAGUAGGUUGCCAUUGUCGUUGACCUUGCAGGGCAUCGACAUCACUGGGUUACGCUGCCGGGCUUCCAGAGUAUGACUCUAGCGACAUAAACAUGUAAUCUGUUGAGCCCUUUCAAUUUGAACACGUGAGGAACAUUAAUGAGCAUGACAGCGCUGUCGAUAUUUCACAAAACGAGCAGCAAAAACAAAACAAACAGGAAAGACGGGAUGAGACGAGACAAGAGUAGGACAAAAUGGUGUUCUGCCAAAAUGUGCUACACCGGGGAAAUGUCCUACAAGAGGCAAAUUUGACACCCAAACUAAUACCAUGCACUUCAAGCUUGCUUUGUUUAGAGCCAUACAGACAGAAACAUACUAAAGAUGCCUUAAGAAAAUACUUAAACGUAGUAAUAUCAAAUAAGGGUGGUUUAAAUACGCUACAUGACUAAUGUGGUCAACAGAUCAACAAUCUCAUUUAAAGCUACCACAAGAAAACAUAAUGCUUAAAAAGGAUGAGAAGGAAACACAUGUAAAAAGUAUUUUGAGGCAAUGAAAAGAUAGUAAAAGACUCAAUAAAAACACAAAUUGUAAGUACUCGCCGCUUUUAACUGAUGUGCGCAUCUAUUGGACGUCUCACCGCGUGGAAGGAAUUGCAGUUACCCGGUAGUAUUUGUCAUCAUCACAUCAUCCUGAGUGUCCAUUGCGUGCAUAAAAUAUGGCGCCCUCCAUAGGUCAAAACAUGUACUAAAUAUGAUAGAUUUUCAAAUCAAUGGCAAUAUUUUGUGUUUCUUAAAACAUUUUAGCAAAAGAGAACAAUUGUGGUUUAUUAGAGCCUACAAGUCUUUAAGUCCCGAGGUUCCCUUUAAGCAGUGUCUGACCAAGCCAUGAUAAAAUUAUUUUACAUUUGAGUAUGUAGAAAUUAUAUAUAUAUAUAUAUUUAAGUGUUUUCUGUACAGUAUCAGCCAAUACUACACAUAUCGGUAUUGGAAGCCAAAAAAAUCAGUGCAACACUACUAAAAAUGACUUGUUUUUGUACGUUUUUAUACUGCCCCCAUGUGGCCAAGCCCCACACACCAGAGGGAGCAGUACAAUGUCCAUUGAAAUCUAGCAACAAAUAAUUGCAGCAAUUGUUAAUAUGUCAUUAUUGGAUGUACACUAUGUAUAGUAUUCUUUUAAAAAAAAAAAAAAAAAAAAAAAAAAAAAGAUCAUUUGUUUUAAACAAUUUGUUGACAUUUCAAAAUGAAGCUCAUAUCUCAAGACACCAUUGCAUAGAACAAAUGACGUAUCCAAUACACUGUCCUUUUGGAGCCAUUUCACCACAUGGCAUGAAUGUGAAAACAGAAAGCACUUAUGUUCAUGUAAAAGUCAAUCCUAACGUGGUCACAAUGUUUGCAAUACUGCCAAGACAUUCCAGCAUCUUAUUACACUCUAUUGAAAAUAGAGAAACAGUAUUGUUGUUUUUACCUGAUAUUCAACUUUUCAACAGUUGUAAUGGUGCAGCAGGGGGGGGAAAUCUGCAACAUUUCAUUCUGGUUCAAUGACUUUGUACUUGUAUCAUUGACUGAAAUUCUCUGUGCUUUGACACACUCAUUGUUUACCUCUGUGCUACCUCUUUUAGUGUGUACACAUCUGCUGAUGCAGUAACUUAAUCCGACUGCCUGCUUUGAGUAUCUCUGAACCAUAUCAUGUAUAAUACCUGUCCUUCAUAUGGCAAGGUACAGUAUUCACUGCCCUGAUGUCUUUUUAUGUACGACUUGGUGUGAACUGGUUAAAAAUGCAUACAUUUUCCUGUUAUCAAAACAAUUAUUAUUUUGUCAUUGUUGAAACUAGUGACAUUCCUGUAAAGUCAACAUCAAUAUACAGUGGCGAACUGAUGCCUGAAUCCCAUUUAAGAUAUAAACUGUACAUAAGGCAAUAUUAUAUACUGUACAAAUAUUACAAUAUUAAACUUUGUUUAUGAAGCAUGUUUCCAUUUAACCAUUUGACUCAGUGCCAUUGAUAAUGACAUCUGAUUAUAUGUCUCUUUUCAUCUUUCUAUGAAUUUGAAUUAGUUUGUCACAAGUAGACGUCCACUCUGUUUUACGGAACAGACGGCGAACGGAUGUUCAUUUGCUGCCAACCCUCCCAGUUAAAGUGAAUUUGGACAUCUAUCUAUCCCUGGAUGCCUGAAAUUAACAUGUACAUCAAAAAUGGGGAAAGUCGUAAAAUAAACGCAUUAAAAAACAAUAAAUUGUAAAUUAAAAAUUUAAAGUUGAAGCCAGUUAUUUUUGGAAAAUAUAAAGGAAUUAAUUCAUGAAUUCCUUUUUAUUUUAGCAGAGGAAUUAAGUAUAUA